AUGGAGGUAGACCGACUUUCAAAGAAGCUGCUCUCUGCCCUAGAUUCACAGCCUGCCUCACGCAGGAUCGUCGUUGGGAUUUCAGGCGUGCCUGGCUCCGGAAAGACCACGCUGGCUCGGUUGGUCACCGCUCGCAUCAACGAGCUUCGUCCGAGUGCAAACAGUGCGCCUACAGCCGUAGAUCUAGCGAUGGACGGAUUUCACUAUUCCCGUGCUCAUCUCGCCUCGAUGCCAGAUCCAGUCUUCGCUGCCCAUCGCCGCGGAGCCGCCUUCACAUUUGAUGCUGAAGGCUUCCUGGCCUUGGUGCGCCAGCUUGUCGCCGAGCCUCCGGUGGAAGCGAAAGCGCCUUCAUUUGAUCAUGCGACAAAGGACCCUGUUGCAGACGAUAUUGUCAUUCCUAUUGAGGUUCGAAUCGUUUUGGUGGAAGGAAAUUACUGUGCGUUGAACAGAGCUCCAUGGAGCGAUGCUGCUGCGUUGAUGACGGAGCUUUGGUAUGUGGACACGCCCGCUGAGGUGUCCCACAAGCGGCUCGCUGUCAGGCACCUUCAGGCGGGCAUAGUGAAGGAUGAGAAGGAGGCUUGGGAGCCAGCGACUGGCACCGAUGAGCUCAAUGCGAAGGACAUUAGAGAAAAUAGGCUUCCCUGCCAGGAGAAUCUCAUCUUGGUCUAG